CCUUCAUUUCCUGCAGGCAAAUAUAUUCUCAGGAAGUUUUGCUCUACCGGUGUGAAUGUUAACUACUUAUUUGCGCCUCGUAUGUAAAUGUGUUUGAAGGCGGUUUUGUGGUGUGACUGCGGCUGCAUUUAAACCUCGGCGAUGGGAAACGCUACCCCAUAAACAGUGAAAAGAGUUUCACUGUUUCACGUUUGACCAUGAUGAGCAUCCUCAUUACGCUGAUGACUUUCCUCCUCUUCCUCAGCGCCGUCGGCACGGCAACUGGACCCGGAUCGGUUCUGUCAGUCAAAAGCCAACAUGUGAAAUUUGGUCUCACCUGGAAAGAUGCACAAGACUUCUGCAGACAAAAAGACUUGGACUUGGCCACCGUCUACAACCAGGCACAUGCAAACAGCCUGUAUCUGCUAGACUAUAAAGCCUGGAUUGGUCUGCACAGAGAAACACCAAACAACUGGAAGUGGAUCGACGGAGGACAUUAUGAGUUCGACUGGGAGUCAAAUGAAGGAAAUAAUAAUAAUAAAAACUGCGCUGUACUCGGCUACAAUUACUACUAUGACAGAAGGAUUUAUAGCAGACAGUGUGACAUGAAAUCAUUCUCUGCAUGUCGGGCAAUAAAAAGCAGCACUACAAACAUAAUACAGGAGAUGAUGACGUGGUCUGAGGCGAAGGACCACUGCAUGAAAAUCAAUCAGGAGCUGGCAACUUUUACAAAGGACGAAAUGAAGUAUUUCAAUGGGCAAGACUUUCCCAUCUGGAUCGGACUUCACAGACAUGACAGCUCUUGGAAAUGGAGUUCAGGCCUCGAGGAGGACAAACACUGGAAACUAAAGCCGAGUGACAACAAGGACUGUGUAACCAUCACUUCAAAAUCAAAGACGCUGGCUGCCAAAAACUGCCAGACUCUUCAUCCGUCCUUCUGCAUGAAGGACAACGGGAUCCUGGUGAAGGAGAAUAAGAGCUGGGAGGAGGCGUUUGAGCACUGCCAAGGCCUUGGACUCAACAGCAACCUUCGCUUCAAUCUGCUCAGCGUGGAGCCUGGAGAUGAACACAAAUAUGUGGUGAACAGAAUAACGGCGGCAGACACCGAAGAGGUUUGGACUGGUCUGCGUUUCCUGGGAGAUGAAUGGCUGUGGAUAAAUGGGAGAAAUGUGUUGUACUCUGACCUGCUGAAAUGCCCCCCCCAGGGGCGGCACUGUGGGGCCAUAUCUAAGACCGGCAGCAGCACCGUGGAGGCCAGAGACUGCCAAGAGAGGAAAAACUUCCUCUGCUACAGCUACUAAUGCCACCAAAAUCCUCUAAAAACCUGAGUGUCUCUGCAGCAAACAUCCUGCAGAAAUGUCCAGCCAUCGUCUCGAAACGCUAGAUUCAGAAUAUGAGUUAUCAGAAACAUGCAUAACUACGUAUCUAAGUUAUUAGUCAUUAGUUGAAAGUUAAAUAAUCUGUCAGAGUUAGACUGAAUGACUGACAGGAUUUUACUGAUAGAAAUUUAAGGCGACCAAAAUACUCUACUAUUCUUAGAAAGUAUUCUGCGUGUCUUUUAAUGUUUUAAGUUUUUAAAAAUGCCUUUAUCUUUGGAGAAAGUGUCUAAAAAUGUUUAGGUCUGUGAAUAAGUUACUGUGGUCAUCAUGAUUUCUUUAAAAACAGAAUAAAAAUGACUAAAAAUAAUCCAUCACACCUUUUCUCUAAGUCAGCAGUUAAAAAAAUCAAUUUAUCUAAAGACUUUAAAAUGAUCAUAGAUUCAGUUAUGAAAUAAAUGUUAUUGAUAAGUGAUGAUUGUGUUUCUCUUUAAUUUCCUACUGUGCUCAAAUUUUCCACAGAAGUGUGAAUUGUACUGAUAAUGAAUCAUAAUAAGGAUCUCAUGUGUAAGAUUGAUCCUUAAAAGUGACCUUUUAUGCUUCAAACAUGUAAAAUCUUUUCCAUAAAAUAAUUUUUAGAUAAUUAGGUUUUUGUUUGGUCAGUUCUGCCUAUAUCAAGCUUCUGUUUUAGAGCCUUCUGUCACUUUAAAUUCAAAUAAUCUGCUGCUAGCCACGCCCCCAAACUCAAUGUUUACAUUUGACGUUUAUAUAUGUGAAAAUGGUUGAAAACAGAAGUGCCAUUAUACAACUGUACAGCUUUGAAAAGCAGAAGUAACACCUCCUGCACAACCAGCAAAAACUAGUUAUGGACUACUUAUACUUAUGAAACAUUAAGAACCAAUUUGUAGUUUUGUUUGUACUUCCUUCU